GGCGACCGUCAUGAACUGGAGACGGAAAGCAAGUUCAACCUCAGCUUGACAGCAGAUUCCAAUUCUGUCGGGAUUGUCGAGCGAUCCACGUCGAAGACUGUGGUAUCGAAAAUUCAUGGGCCAAUGGAUCAGAACACCAAUGCCCCUGCGUUCCCUUUGUCCCAAAUGACCACGCUACCUCCUUCUGACCCGGGUAUCCCACAGGAUGCGGAAGCCAAACUUAUACAGUCUGAAUGCAAACACCAGUCUUCAACUGGGGUCGACGCAGCUUCGAUUGACCUCGUGCAGACCUCGAACUAUGAUUGCUCAACUGAGAUCCAAGAGUACCGAUCAGCUCAGUUAUUCUCCUGUAGUGACGAGCCUGGAGCAACCUUAUCUACCCACGUCUACUUGUCCUUGGAACAGAACAAUCCAAACUCACUGCCAUCCAUCGACAAAGCAGUUGAGAAUAUGCAGGAGUCGAGUUCGGUCAAUGGAAUUUCAAAAUCUCUGACAUCGACGACAUAUCAGAGCCAUUCUCUUGUCGCCAGCACGCACGAAAAAUCUUGUGGCCAAGAUAUGACCAAGGACCAGCCUAAUCAAGGUUCAUCCUCCCCAAAAUAUGAGGCUGAUGAAGAGGGUGUAACAGCAGAUCGCAAGCACCAGGCCAUCAUAGAGUUGAGAUGCGAGUCUCAGUCUUCAGAUGUCAACGAGGUGUCAAAAACUUUCGAAUCGGAGCACACCUGGCUGUCUCUUUCCGAACCGGGUGUUCCACAGGAUGCGGGAAUCAAUUUCAUUCAGUCUGGACGAGAGCACCAGACCUCAGAGAUUAACGUAGCUUCAAAGACUUUCGUGCGAACCUCAAGCCAUUGCUCAAUUGAGAACAGAGUUCAGAGUUCUCUAGUCACUGUGCAAGAAGAACCCUGGUGCCAACCUCGUCAAUGCUUUUCUGCUCGGAAACUUGACAUCAACGAACUACCAGACUCUCCAAAACAUGAGGCUGAUGAAGAGGGUGUAACUGCUGAUCGCAUGCACCAGGCUAUCGUAGAGUCGAGAUACGAACGCCAGUCUUUAGAUGUCAACGAGGUUUCGAAGACUUUCGAACCGGAAUCCACCAGGAUUCAUCACUCGCUUGAGAGCGGUGAAUGGCACACCCAACGACAAGGUCGACAACAGGUAUAUUCAUCUGGUAUCGUCGGACCUCAAGUUGGGGAGAGCAACACAUCUCCAUUAAACGUCACAAUCAAGAAUAUACAUACGUCAAGUACAACGCCUGACGAUCUUCGGAGCUCACCUGUGCUUGAAGGCACAUCAGCGAUGGAGCAGACUCCUCCUGCAGGUGAUUCAUUACAAGGGGCUUCUGAUCGUGAUGUGACCAGGGUCCGAUAUAGUAGUCGAAGCUCAUCCAUCCCGAAAUUUGAGGACAACAAUGUCGACGUAUCAGCAGGUUAUAUGCGCCAGGCUUUGGUGACCAGAGGAGACUAUCAUGAACAGAGGAUGGACAGCGAGGUUGAGCAAAAUUUGGCGUAUCAUUUCUGCAGCGUCGGAAUGCUCGGGCGAUCGACUUCAGACACUGUGAUAGGGAACAAUGAUAGGCGGAUGGAAAAGGACGCCGAAGACACUGCGUUUCCCUUGUCCUCGACUACUAUAAGGUCCAAACUGUCAAUCGCUGAGCCAGACAUUCUACGGGAUGCGGCUACCUCUUCAAAGGUUAUCACCACCUCAACAAAUUCCACGCAGACUUCGAGUUAUAGGCCGACUGUAAAUAAUGAACACGUCUGCCAACAGCCAGCCCGAACUUCCUCCUUUAGUCACGAGUCCCCCAUCAACCAAUCGCAAACAACUACCCCCGUCCACCUGUUCUUGGUACCUGGAGAAAACAAUCCGACUCCAGCACAGCCCUUCAGCGUAGCAUCAUCCAAGAACACGCAGCAACCGAUUCCAGCCUUUAAUGGUCCGGAUUCAUCUUUACUUGAAGGCGUGCCCACGACAGGUCAGACCUCUUCUCCGGCCACUUACGAAUGCGGGGAACCCUGCGGUCGAGAUGAGGCUAGAGACCUGCCUAGUCAAGGCUCCUCUACACCGAAACUCAGGGACGACAAAGAGGAUAUAUCGGCAUAUUGCACGUUCCAGGGUAUUGUCUCGAAUGAGGGCGACCAUCCUGCGCCAUGCGCUGAAGGAACUAUAGGUGUGAAAGCGGGAGAAGACCACUGCCUGAAGACAGGACCAACGGUCACAUCUGCGACUUGUGAUUCAAUCACCGUCCAAUGCUCAUCUCAGACGAAAAAUCAAGAGAAUACUUCGUGUGUUGCUGACACGAGACGAUGUGGUGCGCUGGGGACUGCGUGUGACACUUGCUCAAUACCGUCAGAUGACUGCGGGGCAUGUACAAGCACGGCGCCUAAUGAUUGUCCCCCGGCCGAUGAACAGUUAGCACAAGCUGCUACUACCGAUUGCGCCUAUAAAUGUCCUUCGACCAUGGACUCCAAACCAUGCUGUCCUGAACCUAAGGGACCUCCUUCAGAGCCCUGUAGUGACGUCAUCAAGAAAUCGUGUUCAAGCGAUUGUUGUCCUGCACCAUGCACUGAAGGAACCCCAGGUGUGAAAGCUCAAGAAGGCGAUCGCAUGAAGGCAGGAUCAACGGUCACUUGCAGUGUAACCUGUGAUUCAAAGACCGUCCAAUGCUCAUCUCAGACGGAGAAUAGCACUUCAUGUGCUGCUACUGACACGAAGCGAUGUGAUGCGCGGGACACCUACUCAAUGCCGUCGAAUGAUUGUGGGGCAAGCACAACCGCGGCGCCUAAUGACUGUCCCCCGGCCGAUGAACAGUUGGCACAAACUGCUGCUACCGAUUGCGCAUACAAAUGUACUUCGAUCAUGGACUCCAAACCAUGCUGUCCUGAACCUAAGGGACCUCCAUCGUACGUGUCAUACAUUUUAAGGCUUUAUAUUGUAAUAAAAUCCGUGCAGAGAGCCCUGUAGUGACGUCAUCAAGAAAUCGUGUGCAAGCGAUUGUUGUCCUGCGCCAUGCGCUGAAGGAACCCCAGGUGUGAAAGUACGAGAAGGCGAUUGCACGAAGGCAGAACCUACAGUCACAUGCAAUGUGACUUGUGAUUCAAACACUGUCCAAACUUCAUCUGCUGCUGACACGAAGCAAUGUG